AUUAAUCAGAGUCCACUUCCCGGUUAAAUAUACAAUUUUAAGAAGCCUUGAGAACGUGCCACUAGUGUAGCUCAAACCCACAAACCCGUGGUUGGGAGGCAGAAACUACAAAAUCACUCUCAACCUUACAUGUCUGUCUUAUUUUCGAGUAGCGUGUUGUUUUUACCAACCAUGGCAAGCAAUGAUCAAAGCAAGGCACUGUUGGUUGCGGCUUUCGACUUCGGAACCACAUACAGCGGAUAUGCGUUCUCAUUCCGAGACGACCCCAACAAAAUUCAGACAAACCAGACCUGGUUCGCCGGGGGCGGGGCCGCAAUGUUGGUGUCACUGAAAACACCUACUUCUGUCCUUCUGAACCCUAAGGGAGAGUUUGACAAGUUUGGUUUCGAGGCUGAAGACAAAUACGCAACCCUAGCUGAAGAUGAUGAGCACCACGGCUGGAGGCUUUUUCGGAGGUUUAAGAUGGUUCUGCAUAAUAAUGAGCACUUGACGAAAGACGUUACGGUAGAGGACUUUAGUGGAAAACAAAUGACGGCUUUCCCGUUGUUUGUCAUGUCGAUCAAGUACCUGAGAGAACAUCUACUAAAGGCGGUUACUACACAAAAGAUAGGAUUCGAGGAAACUGAUAUAUUGUACGUGUUGACCGUUCCGGCUAUCUGGGAUGACAAUGCCAAGAGAUUUAUGAGGGACGCGGCUAUAGAAGCUGGAGUAGACCCAAAUCGCCUUAAGCUGGCCUUGGAGCCGGAAUGUGCCUCGAUCUGGUGUGAAACAUUGGGUACAGACGUGAAGGGCGCUGUAGCGUUUCAAGGAUCACAGUUCAUGCUAGUCGAUCUUGGAGGAGGCACCGCAGAUAUAUCUGUCCAUGAAAGAAAACUAGAUGGAACCCUGAGGGAAAUACACAAAGCCAGUGGGGGCCCGUGGGGAGGCAUCUAUGUGGAUGAAAAUUACAUGAAAAUGUUGAAUAAACUUUUUGGGGAAAAAGCUCUCACUGACCUCCGAGAGACUGAAAUGAAUGAUUAUUUCGACGUCACUAGGGAAUUUGAACAUAAGAAACGGUCAUUCGACACAGACAAAACAAAGCAGAUAAUUGUUCGUGUUUCUGCCUCGCUGAGGGAUCUUGCUGAAAAGUAUUCAUCCAAAUCUUUAGAGGAACAAAUUGCGUCCUUAAAAGUGCGGGAAAAUGCCAUCACUACGAGAGGCAAAGACAAGCUGAAGAUUGGUACAGCAGUUGUCCAAUCAUGGUUUAAAAGACCAAUCGAUCUGCUGAUCCAGCAUCUGAAGUCUCUUUUAGCUGAACCAAAGAUAACAAGCGUGCGAACUGUUAUUCUGGUGGGCGGUUUCGGUGAAAGUCCGUACGUUCAGGAGAGAAUCAGGAAUAAAUUAGCCGGGGUGAGACUGAUCGUCCCUUCAGAUGCGGGCCUCGUCGUGCUGAAAGGUGCCGUGAGGUUUGGACAUAACCCCUCCAUUGUCUCCUCCAGGAUCAUGAAAUACACGUAUGGGACAGAAGUGUGUGAACAUUUUGAUGGAAAGAAGCACCAAGAUGGAGAGAAGGUUUGUGUGGAUGGAAAGUGGUUGGUGCCUAAAUGUUUCAAUGUGUUCGUUCGGGUCAACGAGGAGGUGAGAGUGGAUCAACAGGUGUCCUGUGAGAGUUAUCCUAAUGGUGAAAUAUCCGACACACCCGUGUACAGAACGACACAGAAGAACCCCGAGUUCACAACAGACCCCGGAUGUGAACUGCUCGGGGAUGUUGAGCUCGAAAACAGCACCGAUAUUCCAUUUGAGCAGCAGACAAUAAAAACUACGCUUAUGUUCGGAGAUACAGAACUUCUCGUCAAACAGAAGAACACGACCACAGGAAAAGAAGCUUACAUGACCUUUGAAUGCUUCAAAUGA